UUUGCGUCGAACGACGACAAAUGAGCAACAAAAACCGACUGUCGACGUGCACCGCGAUAAGCGAUCGUUUCUUCCGAUCGGCCGAAAAAUCAUCGCCGCCGUCGCGCCGCCGCCGCCGAACACUCGACCACGUGCGCCGCGCGUCCCGGGCGGGUAGCUGGUUUACUCUCUCGGCGAUCGCCGCGCAGGACGAACGGCAGGAUCGGCCAUGGACUUUUACGUAGAAAUCGUCACGCUCCUGUAUUCCGCGUCGCUGGCCAUGUCCGCGUUCUUCCAGAACAACCUGUUGCUGCGGAAGGCGUGCAACUCGUCCGUGCCGUUCGGCGAAUGCACCGACGGCGAGGCGAACGCCCAGCACGUCGUGUCCACCAUCUACUCGUGGAAAGCGGGCGUGCAGUACACCAUUCCCAUCGUGUUGAUCAUGCUCGCGGGUCCAUGGAGUGAUAGCCAUGGCAGACGCCGUAAACCAUUAAUUUUACUACCACUUAUAGGUCAGAUAUUAACUGAUAGUUUAUGCAUAUUAAAUGUUUAUUUUUGGAAUUGGUCUCCACAAAUCGCUGCAAUUUUUGAAGCCAUAACACCAGGGCUUUUUGGAGCUCGAAAUAUGUUCUGGGUAGGUGUGAUAUCGUAUAUAUCAGAUAAUUGUACAAAUGAAUCCAGAACAUUGAAAUACGGAAUAAUAAAUGCAAUUUAUACUAUUAGUACUUUAAUUGGAACAGGACUAGCAGGGUUUUUAAAUAUUGGACUAGGAUUUUAUGGAGCCUUUUUGGUACCUAUUUCGUUAAAUUUAAUUGCUUUUAUGGUUAGCUCAAUAUUUAUUAAAGACACUUCUAAGCCUUACGAUAAAAAUGUUGUUUGGCUAAAACCAAAACAUUUUAUGCAAAAUUAUUUGAGUGUAUUUAAAGGAGGCGAUAAAAAUUAUUCAAUCACGUUAUUCGCAUUACUAAUGUGUCAAGCUGUUUUAGUGGGCAGAAUUGGAGGGGAAUAUGCUGUUACAUAUUUAUUUAUGAGAUAUAAAUUUAAAUGGUAUGAAGUACAAUACAGUUAUUUUGCUGCCUACAAAAUGUUGACGAUUUUUGUUGGUACUUUGUUUUCUGUUACUGUGUUAAGUUAUCGUCUAAAAUUAAACGAUGCAAUUAUAGGUUAUAUUGCAUGUACUUUCGAUAUUCUUGCCGCAGUGUGUUAUGUUCUUGUAUAUGAGCCUUGGCAACUAUAUUUAAUUCCAAUGGUUGACUUUUUCCAUGGAACCGCACUUACUAUUUCUACUUCGUUGACAUCUAAAAUUGUAGAUAACGAAAAACUUGGUCGAUUAAACUCCGUUCAAGCACUAAUGAGCACAAUUAUGUCAUUUGUUGUAGUCUCAAUAUAUAGUGCGACGUAUAAUUUAACAUUUGAAUAUUUACCUGGUGCUGUAUUUCUGUUAAAUAUAAUUUUAACUUUUCCUUUAUUAAUUAUAUUUAUGAUUAUUUACUGUAAAUGCAAAUACAUGUGGACACCAAAAGAAAUAACACAGUCUUAAUGAAGGUUUUAGGUAUAGUUUUUAAAUUUCUAUUGUAAAUUACGGUAAGACAGUGUAUAUUGUAUCAUUAAUAUUAUUAUCGCUUAUUCUAAUGACAUUUUUAAAAGUUAAUUAAACUUGUAAAGUAUUAUUAAAUAUAUUUAUUUCAUCAGUAAAAAUAAAAAUACACUGCUUAAAAAAUGUUACCUUUCCGAAGAUUAAAAGGUUUCAAUAUGCAACUACCAAAUAUUUGAGGUCAUCACAAAUACAUGUGGAUAAAUCUCUAAAUUAAUGUGUAGACCUGAAUGAAUAUCAAUUAUUUUCCAUGGAAAAACUUCAUCCACGACCACUACAUUUUUUCAUUAACGAAUAAAACAACAGAUAUUUUUAUUGAUAAAACGGUAUACUUGAGUCUACCAGUUGCAAACGUUUCAGUAACUACUCUUUGUUUUAAAAUUAUAUUAAAUAAUUAAGCAGUAAAUAGCAAUGAAAUUAUAUUUAAUUUU